UCCAUAACACACAGUCAAAAUGGUUGCAGAAUCACCAGAGUUCAAGAAGGCGGUGGAGGACAGCCGCAAGCUCAAGUCCAAGCCGAACAACGACCAACUGCUCGAGCUCUAUGCAUACUUCAAGGAGGGCCGAAAGGAAAAGGCGGAGGAGGCGGGCAUGUUUGACCUGAAGGGCAAGGCCAAGUACAAGGCAUGGAAAGAGGUCAACGAGAAGAACCUCAGCGCCGAAGACGCACAGAAGCACUACGUUGAGCUGGUGGAGAAGCUGAAGAAUGAGCUCGGAUAUGACGGUUAGAGCUGUGCUCUACAUGGAGAAGAGUAACGGAGACAUGAGAAUCAUGCAGCAAUGACAUUUGCAUAGCUAUACCAUAUGAUGAUACUGAGAUAUCAAUCUCCUGGCUGAAAGAGCCCACCCAGCAUGCGGAGAUUCCACACUCAUGCUAACGAAGCAGCAAUUCCCAGGUCUGUUGCAUUCUAGUCGAGGAAGGAGUGAUAUGCUACGAGCUUACGCUAGACACAACUUAACUUAAUAAGAAGUACCAAAGAUACU